GGCUCAUUGGUUCUGACAAUUUUUAACUCAACGCUGACGCUGACCAAAAUUUAGAUAUCUUUCACAUGCAGAUUUUUUAGAUGGAGGAGAAUUUGGGUCCCCUUCCCACCAGAAAAUGGGGCUUCUACUUUUUCGUAAUUGCAAAGGGAGCUCGGUGGUGAAGCCCACCAUCCGCAACCGAAGCUUUUGAUCCACAACAUGAAAUUUUUUGAAACCACUCAUUUUUGUAAAUUGCGGAGGCGAUUGCCUGCGCGUGUGGCUUCAUCUACUAAACCCAGUGCGAGUUCCCUGUAUUCGUGUUUUCGCAGUGACCACAAAACGAAUAGCUUGACGAGAGCACAAGAUAUCUGUUCCCUUGAUGACGACUUUGGUUUGAAAAAGACCCAUGCCUAAUGUGAAACUUCCAGGUCGAGUUCGUCGAGCAAGAAAUUUAGAAAAUUUGCACAAUCGCAAGAAAUUUUUUCGGCCCCUUCUUCAUGUUAAGAUCUAAAUAUAAGACGAUCUUGCCCGAAGUAAAUUCAAGUGUGAUGCUGAUCCAUAUGUUCCAAGGAGAUUUCGAUCUUGAAUUUGAUGAGUACCACUCUGAUCUAUAUUCCAAAAUGCGAAGAAAACGCAUCUGAGCCUUAUCAUUGCGAAUAGUCGGCGGGGGUGAAUUUAGAUCCAAUCAAGAAGAUCUAAAGAAGUAAUUACAUGUUCGUGUCCUCAUCAUUGGGGUCGCAAAAUUAUGAUCUGCUCGGAAUAGAAAUGAUCCAUAAGAUCAAAAACCAAUCUCUCAAUCAAGCACGACUGUCAUAAUUCAAAGAAGUGUAUAUCUUCCAUAUUGUCAAGCGGAGCCAUAAAUUGUUUUUUUGUAUCGCAAUUUGCGCAGGGAAAAAUACGGUAGAGGUAGACUCUUGCUCCCUAGAGGACCAUACAACUGCAAAGAUGCCGAAGCAGAUUCACGAAAUCCGUAAAUUCCUUCAGGAAUCGCGCCGCAAGGACGCUAAGAGGGUGACUAUCCUUCGCAAGCCGGAGGCCACCAAGUUCAAGAUCCGAUGCAGCCGCUACUUGUACCUAUUCCGAUUUUUUUUUGGUUUGUAGUUUUGCGCUCGUUUUCUCACUACAUCAAUUAAAGGCCUGUCUGUUUAGAAGAUGUUUUGGAUGUGGAUGUUGAAACCAGGAAGGAAAGUUCAUCUGCUGGAAACUGGAUUUAGGAAAAACACAUUAAAGGAACUCGCGAUGACUUAUAAAUCCAUUGAUGUACCUAAAUAUAGAUUUUACCUACAGUUUGAUGCUAGAACAAGCCGUGUCAUCCCAACACACAAAUCUUUCUACGCAGGUACACUCUUGUCGUGAAGGACAAGAGCAAGGCUGACCGCCUGGCUCAGUCAUUGACUCCGGCUCUCACGAAGGUUGAGCUGAAGUCUCGCCGCAGCAAGUAAGCCUCUUCGGGUACAUUGAGCGGAAAGGACGGAUUUUCGCAGUACACGGAUGUCGCGCUUGGAUAUGGAUGCCGAGCUACUGCCGAUAUUUUGGCAGAAGCAUCAAGCGAUGGACUUCACGUCGGUUGUUAUUGUGUAUGCUUUUCAUAAGCCGUGACUCCAAGUGGAAAACCUGAACGGAUGAUACCUCUGUGAGAAGUUACCUUGAUGUCUACUAAAAGCUUUUGCUCACGCAUGCCAUAGUGUCACACGCUGAAGGUCAGUGACAAGUUCGGAGUGUCAAUAUGUUCAGCGCACCAAAAAAAGGAGGCUGCUUUGGGAGGCGGCUCUCUUCGAUAAUGCGUUUUCCCGCAUCCAUGACUCGGUGCCUGUCGGUAGAACCUGGAAACAACCUCGAAAAUGUGAUGUAAUUAGGAAACAUGUGCUCCUUGUCAGGAAAGAUGAAAGCUGAAAGAUAACCGUGGUUGUUGAUGAGGCAUCAGAAAAUUACGACUGGAG